CUGGCGCCCGCCUGCAUUACCGACCGAAUUUGACAGGAAAACAGACGGUUUUUUGGGUUUUGUAAAUUUAUCUUCUGUGAAUUUUUAUUGGGGGCAAUAAAAACGGGUGUGCGAGUCGAGAGUGGGCUAUAGACAGGUACACAUGUGAGACCACGAUGGCCACUGAACCGCUGGUAGUCCAGGCCAUUUAUCCGUUCAAAGGAUCGAAUAACGAUGAGUUGUGCUUCAAGAAGGGCGACCUGAUCACAGUCACCCAGAAGGACGACGGGUGGUGGGAAGGCACCUUCAACGGGAAAACAGGCUGGUUCCCCAGCAAUUACGUCAAGGAAUCCAAAGGUUACAACACGCGAAAAUUAAUCAAUUGUUGCGAAUUUUUUAUUUUAGAUGCCCCAAAGCCGGUGGUUGUGCAACAAAAUCAGUACAAAAGCGUGGUUUUGAAAGACUUGAUCGAUUCGGAGAAGGCGCACGUCACCGAACUUGAAAGUUUAGUCACGAACUUUUUACAACCGCUGGAAAAAAGCGCCAUAUUGACCAAUGAUGAGUACAAACAGUUGACUGGGAAUAUCGCUGAAGUCCUUGAUACGCAUCAGCAGUUGUUGAAGCUGAUGGAGGCGGAACAGGCCAAGCCGGGCCUGGAACAGAGAGUGGGGCGCCUUUUUCUCACAUGGGCCCGCAGGAUUAAGGCUGUUAAUCAGGCCUAUUGUGCCCACCAUCCCAAAGCCGCCUGCAUCCUAGAUCAGUACAAAGAGGAGUUGACAAAGUACAUGGAAUCUCGAGGCGCCACCAGCCCGGGCGUCCUUGUCUUGACAGUCCUCCUCAGUAAGCCCUUCCGUCGUCUUGAUAAAUACUCGGGCAUGCUUCAAGAACUUGAACGUCAUGUCGAAGAAUGCCAUCCUGACCGAGGUGAUACCCAACGCUCAGUCGCCGUCUACAAAGACAUCGCCACAACUUGUGCUGCAACACGUCGCCAAAAAGAACUCGAACUCCAAGUACUAACAGGCCCAGUUCGUGGCUGGGAAGGCCCCAGUUUAACAGCUUUGGGUGAUAUAAUUUUCAUGGGUUCGGUGGCGGUUGGACCACAACACCAUGACCGAUAUUUCGUUCUAUUCCCAACGACUUUACUCAUUUUAUCAGUGAGUCACCGUCUUAGUGCUUUUAUCUAUGAGGGUAAAUUACCACUGUCUGGUUUAGUGGUCACUCGAUUGGAGGAUAACGAACAGUACAAAAACGCCUUCGAGAUUAGCGCCCCCAUGAUUGAGAAAAAAAUCGCCGUGUGUCAAAGUAAAAAUGAGGCGAAUUAUUGGGUGGAAUUGUUACGUAAACACAUGCCCAAAAAUGCCACCAGUAAUAAUCAGAAGGUUGCCCCAAGUCAGGCGCAAUUUGUGCCCCAACCGCCCCCUCAUCUUAACCAACGCGGUUAUUCAACCCGAGCGUCGGUUUUGUGCUACCAAACCCCAGUCGAAUACGACCCAAGGUAUCCCCCUGAGACAUACCCCCCGUGUGCCCCUUACGCCUCCCUCACCAAAUAUUUCUCAAAGUGUAUCAAAGAUAAACAAAUCACGCGUAAACUCCUCAAACAAUUACUCUAUCCCGAGUAUUUAAACCGAAUGAACUUGGCCACGGUCAGGAUAAGACACCACAAAACCGAAUGCGUCAUUAUAACAAAGUCGGUACAGUGUCGUAUCAGUGUAAUAAAUUGUGAUAGUGAUUCGGAUAGUGACAGCGACAUAACACUAAUUAAACGACAAAACGCGAUCGUUGAAUCGGGUUCGUCCGGCAGUAGUUCGAGCAACCCGUUCGGUUAUAUUCGGUAUUAUAACCCACAAACGAAUGAAAUUGCAACGAAAUACGAAAGUUUCGUCGAUUAUGGCGACGUACAAACGGAACCCAAAAUUGAAUUGAUCAAGCAAGCGUCGGAAAAUUCCGAAGCUAGUUCGGGUAUAGUACCGAAAGCGUUCGGAGCGUGUGAGGAUCUAGUUAACUUGGAUGGGAGCAUAUCACGUGACACAUUAGAUGUACCGAAACGUUACGUCCCGCUUGAGCGUCAGAGUUGUCCAACGAAACUUGUGGGAAAUAAAUUCAGUUCAAGCAGUUUGACCACAAUCUACAUACCGGGGUGGUCAAACAGUGAUACCAACAUAACCAGGAGAAUUAACUACGAUUUGGAGGAAAAUGAUGAUAGCACUACGACGCAUUCAAGUAGCCUUGAAUUGCCGCUAAAUACCGUUCCGUUGCCUGAUAAAGUCGUUGCCGAAUUGUUGUAUAAUUUCGAUAGUGAUGAAAGUGACCCGCCCUCGGCUCAAACCGUGAUUAAACCGCCGACAAUGUUCGCAAAUCAAUUCCAAAAGCCUUUCAGUAUUACUCGCAGACGUUCCAGUAUUCAAAUCAACCCUCAGGAUCUCAAACCAGUUAGACGCUGUGUCAGUUCUAAGUAUUUGCGAAUGUCGCCCUCUUAUUGCCGGGGAUGUACCGAAUGUCACAGCCCACGUUCGUCCGAUUCUGGCAUGGCUGGCAGUUGUACGUUAAAUUCCCCAAAUUCGGUGCAAGAAUCAAAUCGGGGGAUUACCCUGUCUGAGUUCGAGGCGCAAUGUCCGUGUACGUCGCCUUUCGGUUCAACACCGAGAACAUCCGAACCGUCCGUUUCGGGGAAUAGUCUCCGCACGUCCGUAACUAGUUUCGAUAUGUGCCCUUGGCCGAAAAUGCAUUCCAAGGAGGAAGGGCCGAUCAAGUCAAAGUCAAUGGGGUGUGUGUUGGACGAAGGAGUGGAACAAGGGGAGGAGGAAGUGCCGAUUUACAAGUCGGGAUUGUAUGCACACUGGUGGUUGAAAGCUAAAAUACCGGCCAGUGUUCUUAGGGGGAUUUAUGAGGAGACGCGUGCAGACGUCUCCGCUGGUGGCAGCCGGGAGCGCUCCGUCCCCGCCCCGCCCCACGACUAACUCGCCGCCUCCGCCCCCACCCCACGGUCGCGGCUGGUCCGCCACAUCGCUCCGGCCCUCGCCGCCGCUCCGCCCUUGCCUUGCCUUCGGCCACGUCCCCUACAGUAGGCCCGGCCCCCGUCUUAGUUACAAGGAGG